UGUUGAAUCAUGUGUCUUUUCUCACCCCAAGUGAGCCCAAUCGGUGCAAUUCAUGCCAGCAUGAUGCAAAUUGGCCUCUGAAGCACGUGGUCGUAAGUGUAUGGCGUCAUGUUGAUGUUCUGUCCCACUUGUGCCAACAUCCUAGGCGUCGAAGAAGGACCUAAGGCUCUGCGAUUCGCUUGUUCCACUUGUCCUUACGUGCACAACAUCACUAAACGCAUCGGAAAUCGAAUCUAUCCCAAACUCAAAGAGGUGGAUGAUGUGUUAGGCGGCAGUGCGGCUUGGGAAAACGUGGAUGCCACGGAGGCAACUUGUCCCAAAUGUGAUCAUACCAAAGCGUUCUUCAUGCAAAUCCAGACCCGAUCGGCCGACGAGCCCAUGACCACGUUUUACAAGUGUUGUAACAUGGCUUGUAGUCACAGGUGGCGAGAAUAGUGCUCUA